AUGCCGUCAUCUUGGGAUCAUCGGAUGCGGGGCAGCAGCAGGAAGCCAUCGAAGCCAGGGUGCCGGCCUGCUGUGCUGCGCACCGACCGCCUUCCUCUACCCGCCCCUCCCUCCACCACCCCGCCUCCCCUGCUCCCACCUUCUGCACCACCUGCUGCACCCUCUCGCCCCAAACUCUCACUCUCACUCGCUCUGCCAUGCUGCCACGCACUGCCAACUGUCACACCCUCUGCUGCCGCUGCUGUUGCGCUUUCAUGUGGCCGAGGGCUCAUCUUCCCCUCGCCUGCUCUUGCGCUUUCAUGUGGCCGAGGGCUCAUCUUCCCCUCGCCUGCUCUUGCGCUUUCAUGUGGCCGAGGGCUCAUCUUCCCCUCGCCUGCUCUUGCGCUUUCAUGUGGCCGAGGGCUCAUCUUCCCCUCGCCUGCUCUUGCGCUUUCAUGUGGCCGAGGGCUCAUCUUCCCCUCGCCUGCUCUUGCGCUUUCAUGUGGCCGAGGGCUCAUCUUCCCCUCGCCUGCUCUUGCGCUUUCAUGUGGCCGAGGGCUCAUCUUCCCCUCGCCUGCUCUUGCGCUUUCAUGUGGCCGAGGGCUCAUCUUCCCCUCGCCUGCUCUUGUGCUUUCAUGUGGCCGAGGGCUCAUCUUCCCCUCGCCUGCUCUUGCGCUUUCAUGUGGCCGAGGGCUCAUCUUCCCCUCGCCUGCUCUUGCGCUUUCAUGUGGCCGAGGGCUCAUCUUCCCCUCGCCUGCUCUUGCGCUUUCAUGUGGCCGAGGGCUCAUCUUCCCCUCGCCUGCUCUUGCGCUUUCAUGUGGCCGAGGGCUCAUCUUCCCCUGGCCUGCUGUGCGCGGGCAGGCAGCUGGCGAUGCCAGCGGUGCAGGCAGAGGAGCAGCAGCAGGGGAGGUGGCCGGGGGGGCAGGGAGUGAAGGGGAGAGAGGGCGAGAGGCCAUGUGGGAUGGAUCGGUGGGUUGA